AUGAACUUGUCGAAGGACGUCCGUUUUGCUUCUAAGAUGGCUUGCCUUAGGACAGCUGAUUGUCGUCUCCAGGUUUGUACGCGUUCUUCCAGUCUGAUCAGCAGUUUUGCGAAGGGCGUCUUGUCGUCUCCAGGCUUUUACGUCUUCCGUUCUUCCAGGUCUGAUGCCUUUGUUGCGAAGGGCGUCCCACUUUCUUUUCAGUUCCUCAAGGUGCGAAGGGCGUCCCUAUUUCUUUUCAGUUCCUCAAGGUGUUUAGACCAAAACACUCGAUAG